CCAUAGGGAGUAUUGGCAUCUUCAAGUUUCUGGAUAAGAUCAAUUGGCUCCUUUGGUCGACAUCUGGUGCAUAACCGCCAAGAACGGAACUUACAAAUCCCACCAAUUACAAACUCCCCGACACUCUUCGUCGACUGAGGGCAAUAUAAGCAUCCAUAUUCACCACAGCAUUCCCUUGGAGGCCAUCCGCUCAACAAGUCCCGAUUUCCCGACCGCCCUACUGUCCUCAUCAAUACCAGUACCAUGGCAAACCCGCUUCUCGACUCGCUCAAGCAAGCCAGCCUGCUGCCGUCUAGAGUCCUCAACGGCAACUUCACACCCACGGUUGAGAUCAAGGUCGCCUUCCCUAGCGGCAAGCACAUCUCCAAUGGCACCCUCGUGCGCGUGAGCGAAGUCAAGGAAGCGCCGAUUGUCUCUAUCACAUCUCUUGGGGACUCGACGGCCUUCUCAUCACUAUCAGGACAAAAGUUCACCUUCAUGCUGAUUGACCCUGACGCGCCGACUCCCGACGACCCCAAGUUCGCGUAUUGGAGGCACUGGGUGGUGGUUAACAUCCCAUUUCCCUCCGACGCCGCAGAAUCCGACUCAAACUCAACGCCGAGAUGUGUGACGACGACAGGGAGGACGCUCACGCAGUACCUCGCCCCGGGACCCAAGGACGAGUCGGGACCGCACAGGUACUUGUUCUUGUUGUUUCGGGAGCCAGAACAAGGGUUGCUGUUGGAGAAGGCCGACGUCGGAGGGGAGGAGUUUGUCCAGAGACGGAGCUUUAGAGCGGAGGAGUUCGUGAAGAAGCAUGGCUUGGAAUUGGUUGGAGUGCAAUGGAUGAGAGGGGUCGGCGAUGGGUGGAAAGGAGAGGAGUGAAUCUUAAAUUGUGUCAAGUACUAGUACUUCGACAAGCAAGAACCCAAGACUCUAUGAAGGGCUAUGAGGAAGGAGUAUGACUACCUUAGGCGGAUAAGGAGAGGUAGAGGAAGGGGAGAGGCGAGGUGUUAAGGGACCAGUUUGAGAGGGAGUGGAUUUGUCAUAGUGACUUGAUUAGGGAGUUGCUUGAGCAGAAGGUAUGGGAGAACAUGGGGAGGGCGGUGGGGCGGUUAUUAGAGUGAUAUCCGCGGUACUACUAAUACACAAGGGUAGCA